AAAGAUGCAGACGUUUUUCUUACACGUGAUUUCCAAGCAGACGUUUAUAGCACAUUUUUGUUUUGUGUGAAAAGUUUAAAAAUUACGAACUCGGUUGUUGGCCGGCUAAAUUAAAUGAAGUCUAUUUUUAUGUAAAUUAACGCUAUGGUGCUGAAUUUCACUUACAGUACCAGGCCAACUUUAACAUGGGGAUCUUUUGCCAUCAGAUUGCCGUAUUUGAAAGUUACUGGUAUAUCACUUUCCAGACCACAAAAGGUGGUUUUGAUAUCGUUGACUGUGGGCGUGGGAUUGGUGGCUGUCCUAUCUCGCUAUUUGAGAAGAAGGAAAAGAAUCAGACCCGCCCAGCCCUCAAGACUGGAUGCUGCUACAUUGAAUCGUAGGCUUCGCUCUGGCUUCAGGAGUCCCAAUGGAGACUUCCUGUCGGAAUUCCAAAGCGCCAGCCCUGUUCCCCAGAGAAUACAUCGCACGAGAUCUGCAUCGGUAAACAGCGACCGCUACUCUGUCUCCGAAGGGGCCGACUCCAAAUCAACCCCUCAGCUCCUGGGAACAAUGGGGGUCGAAUCACUGGAAACGGCCAUCAAUUACUGGGAGGAUGCCCUGGCCGCUUAUCAGUCAGUGUCGACGGGAUCGGGUGCCGUUCUGCUGACGUCCGAAGAAGCGGAAUUUUGCCGCAGUUUGGAACGAGUUCUCAAGGCCGCCUAUGUCCUUCAAGACGAGACGGAACACCUCUUCCUGCACGAGCACUCUGUCCUGUUCCAAACGGAAGCGGCGGGCGGCUACACUUCCGGCGCCCAGACGCCCUACUCGCGCACGUCGUACAGUUUCACUUCGGCCGACUCGUUCGUUUCGGCCCUGGGCGGCGAUGACGAAGUGGCCGAUUUGGAGGACUUUGCCGACUUGCCCAUCGACGAUAGUUUGCCCAGUCUCUACCAGGGGUCGAUGAAGCAGCUGGACGAGAGCGGCAUCCCUUGCCGGGUGCUCCGGACGGAACUGGUGGGCUGCCAGUCGGACAUCGAGUACCUGUGCAAAUUGCACUGCAUCCGGCUGGCCUGCCAGGGCGUCUUCCACUUGGCCGGAGCCGAGCAGUGGUUCAUCAAGGCCGGCCGCUCUCUGCUGACGGACAUGCUGACGCUGGCCGACAAGGACCCGCGCGACGUCCUCGAUGCUUACGACGCCAUGAUGGUUUUCGUCCAGGACCAGAGCCAGCGCUUCAAGUUGGCCGCCGAAAUGGAGCACAGAGGCGUCAAGGCCGUCACCUUCUUUGACGUCGUUUUGGAUUUCAUUCUCAUGGACGCCUUUGAGGAUCUGACGGACCCGCCCUCUUCCGUUUUGGCCGUCAUCAAUAACCGAUGGCUCAGCAACGGCUUCAAAGAAGGCGCUUUGGCGACAGCAGUGUGGAGCGUGCUGAAGGCCAAACGGCGGAAGCUGCUUUACCAGGACGGCUUCAUCUCACAUUUUUACGGCAUCAUGGAACACUUGAGCCCCGUUUUGGCUUGGGGCUUCCUGGGACCCGAAUCCGACUUGAAGAAAUCCUGUUUCAUCUUCAAAGGACAUGUCGAGGGCUACCUGCAGGACAUCUUUGAUUUCGAUCGCGUUCGCUACGUCACCGUCGAAGACAUGGCCGAAGAUGUUUGGGCCCUGGCCAGGCAACGCAUCGACGCCGUCAACCGGCAAAUGCCGCGCAGAUGACCGCAGCCGGAAUCGACACACAAUUUUUCCAAUUCAACAAAACCCCACGCUACUUUUUCACAGAGAAAAAGCAAAGCAAUAAAGCAAAAAAAGAGAUUUUUUUUAACACGUUAGAAUCAACUGAUGCCAUUAUAUUUAAUGGCCAUCACUAGAAGUCUCAAAUGUCGACAACUAAGAAAAAAAACGAAUUUCUGCGAAAAAUAUAGUCACCGAUUUGCAAUCAAUCUAAAAAAAAUUUUUUUUUAAAGUUUGAAAUUCAACUCGUGUUAAUUGCGGUGCCUAGAUGGCGUUAGGUGUCGACCCGCUUUUGUUUUGACAAAAAAAAAUUAUGAUGGGGAGGUGGGUGGGGAAAUGGUUAACUUAUAUAAUAACACAGCCGGCGUGUGUAGUCUUGAACUUGAACACGCUCUCUAGUUGAUUGACGCACACGAGAUUACCAUUUAUUUAUUUUUUAUUUUUAUUUCAAACGACUUUUAUAUUCGUUAUUUUUUUUUCUUUUAGAAUAUGCGCGGGACGGACUGGAUGAUGGAUGACUAUGUCUUCCGGACAGGACAUUUCGUUCCGUUUGUCUUGAGAGAGAAAGAGGCGGUGUGUUCAUUCAAAUCGUUACGGGGGUUGAGACUUGAGAGUUAAUUUGGUUCUUUUUGAGUAGUCGUGUGAUUUCUUUCUAUGGGGAGGGGGGGGGGGAAUAAAGGAAAAAGUUUCCCGCAGGAAUAUAUACAGGAUGUGUCAAACGCAGCCGAGCAAUCCCUAAAGAAGUUGAUCGUGACGAAAGGAUAUCAAGGAACACACGGAAUAUAUCCAGCCUUCCGGCACUUGUUGUUUGAAAAAGUCUCCUUGGCUGAGGGUCAGACGGUUGGACGUCACGCGCUCGGACUUGAACGCGGCCGUCGGUAAUUGAGGCGCGUGCCUCUCAUACCUGAAGAGACCCAUAACAAUUUACCCUCCUAGACCCUGGACUUUAGCUGGUAAACUCCCGUGCAUAAUUCGCCAAUUUGCCAGAGGAUUGUUGAGGACGACGUACACCGGCCGGUACCAACGCCCUUUUAUUUUUAUUUUAAUCCAUCCUUCCAUCUAUCUCCAGCCGGGAGAAAAAUGGCGUCUAUCGUUCAACCCAAUGGCGGAGGGGGGCCUUCCAUCAUCACGAAAUGUGAAAUGAAAAAAACGACCCAACAGAAAAAUGUGUGGCGUAAUAAAAAGGGAGGGGCUGGCGGCCGCACUAGACUCCUUGAUGGAUGGGUAUUAUCGUUCGUAUACUCUCUCUCCCCCCACCCGGAGCUGUUUGUCCGAAAUCAACAAGGUAUUGUACUGGCGGAGGGGGUGAACUUUCCAUCUUUGACGUCACAGCUGGACCUUCACUUGCACUCCACCACCAUCCUGUCAAAAGUUAUUUAUUUGUGAAACUUGAGCUAGAGUUACUCCGGCCGAGUCCUUUUGGCGUGCCGGAUGGACAUUAGUCGAAUUGAACUUGAAGAGGCCUAGACGCUAAUCAUACUCUGGGCUAGGGGGGUUCGUUCGGUUUAUUUGGAUUAUAUUUAUUUGCAAUCGAAUCUCUCGUGACUUGGGGUCGGCCUGGCCAAAGGAAAACUCCGGUCCGGGUUUGUCGAAAUUUUCCGAUCGAGUUAUGUUUUCGUCCAGGAGGUUGUUUCUUUUAUGAUUUGAUGGGAUGCACGAUGACGUCGUCGGGAGGAGUUUUAAAGAGAUCGGUAUACUGUCGUCGUCGUCGUGAAAAGUUUUGAAAAUCCACCGCUGCCGCCGCCGAACGAUGGAGAAAGAAAAGUUUGGCGCCUGGUGUUGGGGCGCAAUCGCGAAACGGCCACGUCCAAAAAGA